CCGAGCGGGUACGCCUCUGGUUUACACCAAGUCGGGCCGCGACGCUCGGAGGCAGCACCAGCGCCACGCCGCCCCGCGAGCUCCACGAGCACGCUCCGCGAGCACCCCGUCAGCAGCCCCCGCCCGCUCCGCCUGCUGCAGUCACGGCCGCCAUGCUCCGCCCUGUGCGGAGCCGCAGGCCCCAGUGACGGCAGCCCGCUCCCCCGCGCCCGGACUGCGGCGCACCGGGGCGGCGGACCAUGGAGUGGAGGCCCGAGGCGACCGCGGAGCCUGCCCUGCACGGGGCCCUGCGCGAGGCUAGGGCCAGGGCCCCUGGACCAUGAGCAGCAAGAAGCCACCGGGGCCGCCCGGAGGCAACGGCGACGACAAGAAGACCAACAAGAACCCGGCCAAGGCCGCCGCCGACCAGGAUGAGGACGCGAGCGCGGCCAACGGCGGCGCGGACGCGGCAGCCGCGCCGGCCGCAGACAAGAAGCCCGGGUCCGCGGGCGCGACCAGCCGGGAUGCGGCGCUGCGACUGCUGUCCAUGUGCCAGAAGGGCGAGUGGCCGCCCGUGGACCAGGCGCUCAAGAGUCUGGAAAAGGCCGUGGCCGCGGCCAAGGCGGAGGCCAAAGCCGACCCUGCGGGCGCCGGGGAGGACGUGGUCACCCUCCCACUGGCCGGCGUCGCGGACCCGACCACCGGUAUGACCCCGCUGAUGUACGCCGUCAAGGACAACCGCACCGCCUUCUUGGACCGGAUGGUGGACCUCGGCUGCGAUCCGACGACCAGGAAUCAGGACAACUACAAUGCGCUGCACGUGGCCGCCAUGUACUCGCGGGAGGAGGUGGUCAAGCUGCUGCUGCCGAAGAAAGGCGUGGACGUCUACGCACCUGGCGGGCCGAGGAGCCAGACGGCGGUGCACCUGGUGGCCAGCAGGCAGACGGGCACCGCGACCAGCAUCCUGCGUGUGCUGCUCAACGCCGCGGGGAAGGACAUCCGCCUGCGGCCCGACGGGAAAGGGAAGAUCCCGCUUCUUCUGGCCGUGGAGGCGGGCAACCAGUCCAUGGUGCGCGAGCUGCUGGGGCAGUCGUCCGCCGAGCAGCUGCGCGCCACCACCGACCACGGCGACACGGCGCUGCACCUGGCCGCGCGCAAGCGGGACCUCGACAUGGUGCGCAUCCUGGUGGACUACGGGACCAACGUCGACCUGCCCAACGGCGAGGGCCAGACGGCGUUACACAUCGCUUCGGCCGAAGGGGAUGAGACGCUGGUCAAGUACUUCUACGGCGUGCGGGCAAGCGCCUCAAUCGCGGACGCGGAAGACCGAACGCCCAUGCACCUCGCCGCGGAGAACGGACACGCCAACAUCAUCGAGCUGCUCGCCGACAAGUUCCGGGCGUCCAUCUUCGAGCGCACCAAGGACGGGUCCACGCUCAUGCACAUCGCCUCGCUCAACGGGCACGCCGAGUGCGCCAUGAUGCUCUUCAAGAAGGGCGUGUACCUGCACAUGCCCAACAAGGGCGGCGCGCGCAGCCUCCACACGGCGGCGCGCUACGGCCACGUGGGCAUCAUCAACACCCUGCUGCAGAAGGGCGAGAAGGUGGACGUGACGACGAACGACAACUACACCGCUCUGCACAUCGCCGUGGAGUCCGCCAAGCCGGCCGUGGUGGAGACGCUGCUCGGCUACGGCGCGGAGGUGCACGUCAGGGGCGGCAAGCUGAGGGAGACGCCGCUGCACAUCGCGGCGCGGGUGCCGGACGGCGACCGCUGCGCCCUGAUGCUGCUCAAGUCCGGCGCGGGGCCCAACCUGUCCACGGAUGACGGCCGGACGCCCGUCCACGUGGCUGCGCAGCACGGCAACCUGCAGACGCUGCUGCUGCUCCUGGAGGACGGCGGUGACCCCCUCCUCAAGGCCAAGAGCGGGGAGACGCCCCUCCACCUGGCGUGCCGGGGGUGUCGCGCGGAUGUGGUGCGGAACCUCAUCGGCUUCGUGAAGGAGCGGCAGGGCGACGAGGCCGCAGUGCGCUACGUGAACGCCGUCAACGAGGACGGCGCGUCGGCGCUGCACUUCGCCGCGCAGAUCACCAAGGGCGAGGUGGAGCACCCGCUCGAGGACAAGCAGGUCAUCAAGCUGCUCCUCGAGGCCGGGGCCGACGUGUACCUGCAGACUAACCAGACACUCGAGACGGCGUUCCACUACUGCGCGCUGGCCGGCAACAACGACGUGCUGGCCGAGAUGAUCUCGCACAUGACGCCGUCCGAGGUGCAGCGGGCGCUCAACGGGCAGACCGUCGUGGGCUGGACCUCGCUGCUCAUCGCCUGCCACAAGGGGCACAUGGAGCUGGUCAACACGCUGCUCAACAACCACGCCCGGGUGGACGUGUUCGACACGGAGGGCCGCACAGCACUCCACCUCGCCGCCAACCAGGGCUACCUCAACGUGUGUGACGCGCUUCUCACCAACAAAGCCUUCAUCAACAGCAAGUCACGCGUUGGUCGGACCGCCCUGCACCUCGCCGCCAUGAAGGGCUUCACGCACCUGUGUCGCUUCCUCAUCCAAGACCACAACGCCAUGAUCGACGUGUUGACUUUGAAGAAGCAGACGCCGCUGCACUUGGCGGCGGCCGAGGGCCAGCUCGCCGUGUGCAAGCUGCUGCUCGAGCUGGGCGCGUCCAUCGACGCCACCGACGACCAGGGCCAAAAGCCGGUGCACGUCGCCGCGCAGAACAACUAUCCCGAGGUGGCGCAGCUGUUCCUGCAGCAGCACCCGAGCCUCGUCAUGGCCAGCACCAAGGACGGCAACACGUGCGCGCACAUCGCCGCCAUCCAGGGCUCGGUGCGGGUCAUCGAGGAGCUCAUGAAGUUCGACCGCGCCGGCGUCAUCUCGGCACGGAACCGCGUGACGGAGGCCACGCCGCUGCAGCUGGCCGCGGAGGGCGGGCACGCCGACGUCGUCAAGGUGCUGGUGCGCGCGGGCGCCUCCUGCACCGACGAGAACAAGGCGGGCUUCACCGCCGUCCAUCUGGCGGCGCAGAACGGCCACGGCCACGUCCUGGACGUAAUGCGGUCUACGCAGUCGCUCAGGAUAUCCAGCAAGAAGCUGGGCGUCACCGCGCUGCACGUCGCUGCGUACUUCGGACAGGCAGACACGGUCCGGGAGCUGCUCACGCACGUCCCGGCCACGGUCAAGUCGGACUCCCCCAACGGGGCGUCACUGGUCGGCGAGCUGGGCUCCGAGUCCGGGAUGACGCCCCUCCACCUGGCGGCUUACUCUGGCAACGAGAACGUCGUGCGGCUGCUGCUCAACUCGGCCGGCGUGCACGUCGAGGCCGUCACCAACGAGAACGGCUACAACCCGCUCCAUCUGGCUUGCUUCGGCGGCCACAUCACGGUGGUGGGGCUGCUGCUGUCUAGGGCGGCAGACCUGCUGCAGAGCGCCGACCGGCACGGCAAGACGGGGCUGCACAUCGCCGCCACACACGGCCACUACCAGAUGGUGGAGGUGCUGCUGGGACAGGGCGCCGAGAUCAACGCCACAGACAAGAACGGGUGGACGCCGCUGCACUGCGCCUCGAGGGCCGGCUGCUACGAGGUUGUGCGCCUCCUGGUGGAGUCCGGCGCGCACCCGAAGGCCGAGACCAACCUCGGCUCGUCGCCCAUUUGGUUCGCCGCUUCCGAGGGCCACAACGACGUGCUGGAGUACCUCAUGACCAAAGACCACGACACCUACAGCCUCAUGGAGGACCGCAGGUUCGUCUACAACCUGAUGGUGUGCGGAAAGAACCACAACAACAGACCAAUCGAAGAGUUUGUACUCGUUUCCCCGGCGCCCGUGGACACCGCCGCAAAGCUGUCAGCCAUCUUCAUCAACCUCUCGACCAAGGAGAAGGAGCGCGCCAAGGACCUGAUCGCGGCGGGCAAGCUGUGCGAGGCCAUGGCCACGGAGCUGCUGGCGCUGGCUGCCGGGGCCGACUCCGCGGGGAGGAUCCUCACGGCCACGGACCGACGGGGCACCGAGUUCCUCGACGUGCUCAUCGAGAACGAGCAGAAGGAAGUGAUCGCACACACCGUGGUGCAGAGGUACCUACAGGAACUCUGGCAGGGAUCAUUAAAGUGGGCCACCUGGAGACAGCUUCUGCUCUUCCUCUCCUUCAUCCUGUGCCCGCCCGUGUGGAUAGUGUUCACGCUCCCGCUCGGCCACAAGUACAACAAGGUGCCCAUCAUCAAGUUCAUGUCGUACCUCACCUCGCACGUGUACCUGCUGAUGCUGCUGAUGCUGGUCGGCAUCACGCCCAUCUACCCCACCCUGCGGCGCAGCAUGAUGCCCUACUGGUACGAGUGGGCGCUGCUCGUGUGGCUGUCGGGACUGCUGCUCCUGGAGCUGGAGAACCCCAGCGACAAGAGUGGCCUCGGCUGGAUCAAGUUCGCCGUGCUGCUCUUUGGCAUGGCCGGCGUGGGGCUGCACGUGCUGGGCAUGGUGGCCGUCGACCCUCUCUACUGGCCCACACUCAUGUACAUUCGCAACCAGAUGUUCGCGCUGUCCUUCCUGCUGGCCUGCGUUCAGAUCCUCGACUUUUUGUCGUUUCACCAUCUCUUCGGACCCUGGGCCAUCAUCAUCGGCGACCUGAUCCAGGAUCUGUCCCGGUUCCUUGCCGUGCUCGCCAUCUUCGUCUUCGGUUUCUCCAUGCAGAUCGUUGCCCUCAACCAGCCCAUCCGAAUUAUCAACAACCAGAACGGACUCAACACAUACUACAAGUCGUUAAAGACGAUAAAGAUUUUUGACGAAGUCAAGAUGAACCCUUUCGCGGCCUUCGAGCUCCUCUUCUACGGCGUGUUUGGCCAAACCACCCCCAAAAACUUGCAUGUUAAUUCCCGUAACCAGCCAGAAUGGACCGCCACUCUCUUCAAAUUCGUUACUGGUGUCUACUUGCUCCUGGCUGUUGUCGUCCUCAUCAACUUGCUCAUUGCCAUGAUGAGUGACACGUAUCAGAGAAUACAGGCCCAAUCCGACAUCGAGUGGAAGUACGGGCUGGCCAAGCUCAUCCGCAACAUGCACCGCACUCAGACGACACCCUCGCCGUUGAACCUCGUCACCUCGUGGCUCGUCUACCUCAUCCGCGCGUGCAAGGCCAAGAUGAUGCAGAAGAAGCGGCCGAGUCUGGUCCAGCUGAUGGGCAUGCAGUCGAGGACCAGGGUCAGCGCGCGGACCAAGAUGGGCGCCAAGUGGCUGUCGAAGGUCAAGAAGGGGCAGGUCGCACCCAAGGGCCAGUCGGACUCGAUGACGCUGUCCGUCGUGCGGCUGUCGCCGCUCGGGUCGCAGCUGUCCUUCAGCCACAGCCUGGCGCGCAUCGAGUCCAUCACGGACUGGGAGGCGAUCGCCCGGAAGUACCGCGCCCUCAUGGGCGAGCUGGACGACCACGGCGUGCGCUCCGGGGAGCCCGGCGACAGCGCCACCGCGGCCACGCCCGCGACCCCCGGGGCCAACGCGGCUGGGUCGCCGAGCUAGGCUGCCUGAGCCUGGCAGAGCGCGGGGAGGACUACCUCGUGGGUGCCAAGGCCUUGCUGAUGCAGACCUGUCUCAUACCGGCAAAGCGCGGGACGCGUGCCGUCGCCGAGUAUGAGAAAGGUCUGAUUACAGAGGCCGUAGGCUGUAGGCCGGUGGCCUCUGUAGGGCAAGGAUUGUUCGGGGGACCAAAAGUUGUGCUGGAGACGGAUCAGUCUCGGAGGCGUUGAGAGGAUUUGCAGGGGGCGGGGACGACCACCCCUCACCUCACUGAGAUGAGUUUGUACUCGUUUUGUGCCAAUGCUACCGGGCGCAUCAAAUAGAAAAGAUGUUGGGAAGACUGGGUGAUUUACCUGUUUCUCUUUAGCCUGAUAAUGUGAAUUAAUUUUUCUGUUAACGUGUUGGGGAUGGUGAUUUCUUAGGGGAGUAAAUUUUUUCAUAACGCUUUUCUAUAUUGACCAUUUUAACCGUAGUGCAGUUGUCCUGUAACUAUUUGUUUGACAAUACGAGUCUCUUUUCUUACAUUUGUCUUGUUGUGACGUUUCUCUAAAUAUAACUGUAUAUAUUUCUUUACAUAAAAAUGAAUCGUGUCUGCCGAACUAUCUUUAGUUUGUUACAUUACCUAUAUUAGCAAAAUGUCUAUUAUUAUAUUGUAUACGGAUUGAUUUUCAAAUGAAUGGGUUUUUGGAUUCACAUGUCAUAUACUAUAUUUCUAUUGUACUUGUAAUCCGGAAUUAUAUUACUCUGCUGCGUGA